AUGGUGGAGGUUUCAAUGUUGAAGGGCAAGGGUCAUGUUGACCCAGCAAUCUACGAGUUUCCCUUGACCUACGAUGCUUUCGGAGGCACCGACCCGGGCUCUGCCGACUCUCCGAAGUUCUUCGAGAAAGUCCUUUCACCAGCUCGAAGACCUCCCUCCGCCAUUUGCUCUCCCACCUCCCCAAAAAGCCCAAGAACCCCGGCAAGCCCAACGAGCCCGGUGAGCCCAACGUCCCCGACAUCACCUUACAGAUCUGGCCCUGGCCGCAGCAAAGUCACUGCAAAGCUCAGCUUGUGCCAGUCUCAGACCUUGCAACUCUUGAUGCAGGAGCCUCCCAAGGGGCAUGGGCCCUUCUCUCAUUCUGAGCUCUUUGCUUGGGCAGGGAGGAGGUCUGCUGCUGCACACGCUCGGAGGGAAGAUGACGAGGAGGCUUUCCGGCAGCAGUCCAUGCGGGAGAUGAGAGCAGAGCGCUCUCGCAUCAAGCAGCUAAGCAACGUGUCCUUGCUGAGAGAAGUAGCAAGGCCAAGGACCUUCGUGGAGUUUGACCGUGAGAUUUCCAUGUACAGGUGGCAUCAUUCCAUUCUACCAGCGUAUCCGACAGGAGGAGACCGCGAGAAGAUAUCGUCAGUGCUACCUUUCCUCAGUGUCAGCAAAGAGCCCUCGAAAUGGCCAGCACCCCCCGAUCCCAGAGAUGUCGACAGAAGGCUUUGCAAGCUGGAUUUGGCAAGAGAGAUGAACAUCAAAGUUGGGGAUCGCGUUCGAGUUCUCUAUGGCAGUGAAAAGGGCAAGCACGGCAUCAUCAGCCGAAUCAUCCGUGACAAGAACCAGGUCAUCGUGUCCGGUGUCAGCCUAAAGCGAA